GUGCGGAGGCUGGCCGCGACGGGUCAACUAUACGUUGAUGCGGCGCGCCGCUGUCCGACAGCGCGCGCUGCUUGCGCCCAUACGUGGACAACUUGUGGCAGAGGCAAAGUCAGGGAAGUACAACAACCGACAAUUCCACGAUCUUGCUCUCCAGAGAGAGCAGGUGACUGCGCAGGUCAAGGGAACCUACGCUAACGUUGUGAGAAGAGGGCGAACAAGUGGGUAUGGGAAUGGGAAAAUAGUCUUGUGGAGGAAGAAGAGACAGGACCACACUCUUGUCAUAUUUGAUGACGAGACUGUCGAAAGAUUGCCCCUCAAAGAGGCAGGGGGUGAAUCCCAAUGCGAAUGGACCAAGUGGAAGGAGUCCCUUUUCAUGGUCAAAGAUGCUCAGGGGAACGAGCUUCAUGUCCUCUUGGAUGAGAAGAGCGAAUCCCCAGUGACUUUUCUAAAUGCAUUGAAGUUCUGCAAGAAGUGGCGCAAGCACAAAGAGGAAGAACAGUUGUAUGUUGCCUUUGUUCGUCCUGCUCAUGUGCCUUCUUCUUUUGCGGCUAUUACCACUACUACUUCGAUUGAUGAAUCUACUUCUGGCGGGUGCAAGGUCUUCUCCAAGAUCGAUCUCAAGUCCGGCUACCACCAGAUUGAAGUCGAUCCUGCGGACCAGCACAAGAUUGCGUUCAAGACGCGCGAUGGGCUUUAUGAGUUCACCGUAAUGCCCUUCGGUCUUACGAACGCACCAGCCACGUUCCAAAGCCUCAUGGACAAGGUCCUCCGCGAAYAGAUUGGCCGGUUCRUGGUAGUGUACCUGGACGAUAUCCUGAUUUUCAGYRAGUCCAUGGAGGAACACCUCAAGCAUCUUGAGGAGGUACUUGCCAUCCUCAAGAAGACGCARCUCCAUCUCAACUUGGAGAAAUCUGAGUUUGGGAGGGAUAGCGUCAUCUAUCUUGGGCACCGGUUGUCUGCUGCAGGCCUAGAGCCUGAGGCAACCAAGAUUGAGGUCAUAUGCGAUUGGCCUCAGCCUGUGAACAUUCGUGAAUUGCGUUCUUUUCUUGGUCUCGCGUCGUACUAUCGGAAGUUUGUACCCCGUUUUUCUAUCAUUGCUCAUCCAUUGUCGCGACUAACCAGCAAGAAUGUGUCUUAUUCCUGGGAUGCCGCGUGUAUGGAAGCAUUUCGAACUCUCAAGGAAGCCUUGGUAAGUUAUCCGGUAGUCCGCAUUGCAGACCCCAAACUGACCUUCGUAGUUACUACGGAUGCAAGUCAGUAUGGGAUCGGUGCGGUGCUGCAACAAGAUGACGGCGAUGGCCUGCGGCCACUCGAGUACUAUAGCAAACGAAUGCCCAGCGUAAAGGUAGCCACCUCCACCUACAUGCGCGAGCUCUACGCUUUGCGCAUGGCGUUGGAUCACUGGAAACAUUACCUGUUGGGACGCCACUUCAAAGUGUUCUCAGAUCAUGAGACCUUGAAGUGGAUCAAAAUACAGACUACUCUGUCCCCUACCUUGCUUCGCUGGUUUCAUGAGAUUGACAUCUUUGAUUUUGAAUUGAGGCAUAAAAAGGGUUGUUACAAUCGAGUCGUUGACGCUUUGUCUCGCCACCCUCAGUACAUGACUUGCCUUGUGAAAUCCUACGACCUCCGGAAGAAAUUGAAGGAGGAACUCGUAGAGCAGACAGCCAAGGAUCCGGAACUUAGUGGGUACAUGAACGAGAAAAGAGUCGUGUGGCGGCAAAAGCGACAGGACCACACUCUCAUUGUCUUCGAUGACGAGACUGAUGAGAAAUGGCCCCUCGAAGAGGCAGAGGGUGAAGCAAGUGGUGCCGGUAACAUCCUUCCUAAAGAGGAAGUUCUUUGGAAGAUGAAGCUUCUGAAGGAGGGCUCUGAGUACGCCAAUCAGAACCUAGACAAGGUCCGCGCUUCUGUCCUCAUCUUGGUAAGCAUGGGAGUGACCAUGAGGUUUGGUGGGACCACACUGCUAUAUACUACAGAUCGGCAGGCAAAGAUUGAUAGGAAGUUGGCCGAGAAAAAGAAAGAGAAGGAAGAAAAAAAGACAAAGGAGGAGGAAGAAGUUAAGAAGAAAAUGGAGGAGGAGAAGAAAAAGAUGGAGAAGGAGAUGAAGACGAGAGAAGAAGAGUUGAAGGAGUUAGAAGAGGAAGAAGAGGCAGAAGAGGAAGGAAGAUUGGAGAGAAGACAAGCACAACCAGAAGGAGAAGAAGUGGCGGAGAGAAGCCAUGCUGCGGAGUUGAGACUCCAGCAGGUUGAGGACUUGAACUGGGUGGAGAAAUUUGGAUACCGGACAAAACUUCCUGACGAGACAGACAAAGAGAGGGAUUAUUUUAUAGCGAAUGGCAACAGGGAUGAUGAGAUGGAGAAGCGGAUCUCAGAGUGGGUCGCCAACUUAUCCCUGGGCGAAGAAGAAGAGGUGGCGAUGUAUAUCUCUAAGGACGAUCAGGAAGCCGCUAUGAGAGCUUGGGAAGCAGAAAAAAAUGUUGUAAAGUGGCAGGCGAUGGAAGAUGAGAAGAGGAUGGAAUGGAGAUUGGCAGUGAUGAGGGAGAAGAAGAGGAGAGUGGACGCGGCAGCGGAGGCGGCAGAAGAAUUAGAGGAGGUAAAAAAGAUAGAAGAGCAAUUAGCCGCCCAGACCGAACUCCCAGCCCAAAUGCGAGUCAUAGCCCGAAACGUUGCACGCCUGGCACGAAUUCAGGCAGAGCAAUACGACUUUAGUAGGAGCCAGCACAUAGCUGUGCGUUCGAUACGGUUGGGAUUCCGGGACCUUGCUCGCGAGCUGGUAGGCGCUGUAGGAACCGACGUGGGCCACCGCCUUGACAAGACUGAGCGGUUUUGUGCCGGCGCUAUUGAAGGCGUUAAAGCGGCAGCUCCCAAGGAGGAGGAAGCACGUCCUCCUCGCCGGGAGCCGGUCAAAGUCAAAUUCCCUGAUUCCUACAGUGGAAAACGGGAAGAGAACUUUGACAAUUGGGAGGCCAAUGUCAAGACCUAUGUGCAUCUGCAACAGGUUUCCCCAGAUCAGCAGGUUCUAAUUGCGAUUCACACGCUUAGAGAUGAAGCCGCCAGCUUUGCAAGGUCCCUAGUUCGCACUGCUAGCUGUAGUGACGAUCCAGUUGCGUACUCCUCGUUCACUUCCCUUACUGAAUUCUUGAAGUUGCUGCGUGAGCGAUUUGCUGAUGUCGCUCGAAGUGUCAAGGCCUCAGACAAGCUCCAGACGAUCCAUGCUCGUAAGUGGAAGAGUGUCAGAGCGCUCAAGAGCACAAUGGACGAAAUAAUAGCUGUCCCUGACCACGGGGUUACCGACACCCAGUUGGUUGCCCUCUUUUACAGAGCUAUGCCCGAAGCUUUUCGCGGGCACUUCUUCGCGAAGAGCGAAGACCUUGCCACCACUUACGAUUCCCUUAGCCGUGAGGUGGUGGCCUUUGAGGCCAAGUCUAUGUCAGUCUCCACCGUCUGGCACAAAGAUUUGGAUAAGGGAAAGCAAUGGAAGGGCCGCACUAUUUCUGGGCAAGUGAAGACCAAGGAUAGCCUUGUCCUGACCUUAGAUGAGGGUAGUGUGGACGAGAUCCCCUACGAUCAGAUUGAGUGGGGGUUAGAGGAGGAGGACAACGGUGUGGGCCARGGGAGAUCYUACGCUGYUGUCRCGGCCGGAGGGAGGCCGCAAGGAGGAGGACGAGGCCAGGGCCAAGGGGGCCGGGCCUCAGGGAGCCGGUUCCAAGGCGAUCAGGGGGUUGGCGGCAGAGGAGGAAACCGCCAAGUGGGAGGAAGGGGUCAAGAAGUUGAAGCUGGGAAAGUCCAGAAGCUAGCAGACCCUAUAGUUAGUAUCCUCGCGGACAAUCGUACCAUAGUUGUAGAGGAUUACAUAGAGGGAGUCCAGGCGUAUUUCCGCCUAGAGAAAGAUGGGAAAGUGGAGAAGGUUCUCCACUCCCUGACUCUCCUCGUAGAAGACAGCCUCCCAUUUGAUAUUGUUCUGGGGAUGGAUUGGGGAGAGACAGCCGGGGCCACGCUCCAUUUGAAGGAGCACGAGUGUAGGCUCCCUAGUUCUUCAGGCGAGGCCAAGAUUGCCCGCCUGUUCCAUAUGUCAGGAGUAGAGAAUCCCUUGGCACAUUGUUGCCUUUGUGCCCCUGCGUUCGCCAGAUUAGUAAAGAAAGAGAAAUUGGAGGAACAGGUCUUUGUUGCCUAUGUUAGGCUUGUGACUGAGCCUAUGGAAGAAAAGCCAGUGGACCCUGCGAUUGCCAAGCUGCUGGAAGAGUUUAAGGAUUUAACUGAGCCGCCGACAGGCACGGUGCCGCGGCCCAUCCAGCACCGUAUCGAGAUAGAGCCUGGCAGUAGAACUCCUAAGGGUGCUGUGUAUAGAAUGUCCCCACGGGAGUUAGAAGAGCUUCGCAAGCAGUUAGACGAGCUCCUUGAAAAGGGUUGGAUUAGGCCUAGUUCCUCUCCGUUUGGAGCACCUGUUCUUUUUGUUCCUAAGAAAGAGGGAGAGCUGAGGAUGUGCAUAGACUAUAGGGGUCUGAAUGCUAUUACAGUGAAGAAUGCUGAGCCACUGCCUAGGAUAGACGAUCUCUUAGAUCGAGUGCAGGGGGCGAAGUAUUUCUCCAAGAUAGAUUUAAAGUCCGGGUAUCAUCAGAUAGAGGUACAUCCUGAUGAUCAGUAUAAGACAGCCUUCCGGACUAGUGAUGAUGAUCAUCUACUGCCUUCCGGAGAAGAGGGGAGGCGGUUAGAAAAAAAGCUGUUCCAAGCUACAGUCCGCAAGUUUUUCGGAUCAGGUCAUAACCUUUUGAUGGGUAACACGCUUGAUCUAGCACGGGUGAUCCGGUCAACUGGGAUGUAUCAGCCAUCAAAGUCAAGACGCGAUCCAGUAAGCAAGUUUGUUGUACCAACAGAGAAAGAACUAGAGGAGGCCAUGGAAGGUCUGCGGAUCCAGAGGUUGUUAUACAGCCCAGUUUACUUGUCCACAUCAAUGGAUGGCGAAGUGACAAUCGGAUUGAGCAAUCUUCCAGAUGACCGUCCUGCUCUUCUUGUUGGUAACCAUCAGACACUUGGUACUGACAUGCCGCUGUUGGUGGAUGGGAUUUACCGGGGGAAGCGUGUCUACCCUAGAGGUCUUGCACACCCUGCAUUUUUUCUUAAUGCUGAGCUUUCUCCGACUGUUCCUGUCGAUUACCUCCGCUUCUAUGGUGCAAUACCUAUCUCACCAAGAACUUUGUACAAGGCGCUGGAGAGAGGAGAGAUGGCAUUCAUGUUCCCCGGAGGAACUAGAGAGGCCUUCAAGACCAAGGUGUACACUGCACCAUGGCUAGGAGGCGUCGUUGGGGGACUGAGCACGACGUUGGUGAGAGAGCUCAGCGUAGCGGCGGUUGAGGGCGGCGGUGUAAGGGCACCACGAGGAGGUAUGGCCGUCCUGGUGGCAGCGAAAACACCCACGCUGGCCCAAAAUGGCCUCGCGCUCCUUAGCGGAAAGGACACCACGAGGAGGGACAAAGCCCUGAGGGAGGUCCUGCUGAGGGACCUCAGGGGGCGACGCGCCAGCGGGACCAGAGCGGCUGCGUGCCCGGGAGAGGGUGGAGAGGGCGAGCUGGAGGCGGUCGACUAUAGGGAGGGUAGAGUCCUCCAGGUGGUAGUGGACGGCCUCGGAGAGGUCGAGGUCGUCGCUAUGGUCGUCCUCAGGCGACAGGGGGGCAACAACAUCCUGCUCACCAUACUUGAGCGCGCUGAAGCGGCUCAAGAAGUGACAGCCCUGCUGCGUGGAACGGCGGGGACGGCCGUGGAAAGGGGAACGACGCUGGGAAGUGUCAUGAGAGGAGGAGGGAGCGUAACCAGUACGCUGAGGCAGGGAGGAGGAAGUGGGUUGAAGAUGGGCCCGCAUCCGCUGAUGGGCCCUAGCGGUCUCUGGAAAGACAGGUGUGAGGCUGCUUUCAGACAUCUGAAGCAUGCGUUGACACACCAUGAGGUCUUGAAGCUUCCCGAUCCUGACAAGCCGUUUAUAGUCACCACAGAUGCUAGCCAAUAUGGCAUAGGCGUCGUGCUCGCGCAGCAGGAGGGGCCAAAGUUGAGGCCUAUUGAGUACAUGUCCAAAAAGAUGCCCUCUCAGAAGUUGGCUAAGUCCACCUAUGAGAAGGAGCUCUAUGCGAUCUACAAAGCACUCACCCACUGGAAGCACUAUCUCCUUGGGAGGUUCUUCUACGUCAGGACUGAUCAUCAGACCCUGAAGUGGACGAGAACCCAACCGGUGCUCUCUGAUGCGUUGAAAAGAUGGAUUGAAGUCAUCGAGCAGUAUGACUUUGAACCCCAGUACAUCAAGGGAGAAUACAACCGAGUUGCUGAUGCGCUAUCACGUAGGCCAGACUUCUCCGGUGCGCUGAUCGUUGAGUUUGGGCUUGCGGACGAUGUCACUCGCUCAAUGGUGGAAGCCUAUCACGAGGAUCCGUUUAUGUCUGAGAUCAUUCGCAGACUUGAGGCGAAGGACAAAGUGACUUCUGCCGAGUUUGAGUCGGUCAACGACUUGCUGUUUCUUGAGAAGGCCGGGAAUAAACAUAUGUGUGUGCCUAAUCGGGAGUCUUUGGGCAGUUCAUUUUUAGGAGAGUGUCAUGACGCCACCGGCCAUUUUGGCUACAAAAAGACAGCAGCUAAUCUGCUGCAGCGGUUCUGGUGGCCCACGAUGAUGAGGGAUGCCAAGCUGUACGUGGAAACUUGUCAGGUCUGUCAGAGGGACAAGCCACGUACACAGGUCCCUCUUGGGCUUCUAAAGCCCCUUCCGAUUCCGGAAAGGCCUGGUGAGAGCCUGUCCAUGGACUUUAUGGAUACACUGGUCACCAACAAGAGUGGAAUGCGCUAUGUCUAUGUAAUUGUGGAUAGGUUUAGUAAGUACGCUAGGUUAGUCGCAAUGUCUGCAACAGCUAAAACUGUGUAUGUGAUCAAGUUGUUCAAAGAAAACUGGGUCAGAGAUUUCGGACUUCCCAACUCUAUAGUUAGUGACCGGGAUGUGCGAUUCACCAGUGAACUAUGGAAAGCCUCAGCUGCAGAACAGGGCACGCAGUUGCAAAUGGCAUCAGGCAAUCACCCAGAGGCGAAUGGGCAGGCAGAGCAGUUGAACCGCGCUGUACAACACCUGUUGAGGCAUUACAUCAAGCCAAAUCAGGUGGACUGGGAAGAGAAACUUACUCUCAUCGCCAACCUGUACAACAAUGUUGUGCACAGCGCUACGGAAGUGAGCCCGAACAGCUUGCUACUGACUUUCAAGCCUAGACUGCCUUUGGACUUCCUACUACCUGAGAAUCAGUCAUCUGCUGCACCAGGGACCUUUGAGUUUGCUUAUCGGUAUGAGCGCCUGAUGCAGCAGGGUGUUGAGCAGAUGCAUAAAACACAGGCAGCGAUGAUAGAGUCAAAGAACAAACACCGCCGUCCAUCUACGUUCCAGGUAGGAGAAAGAGUCUGGGUUAAGUCCUCAGAAUUGGGACAGGAGCACGGGAUCUCCCGCAAGCUCAUGCCACAGUACUUUGGACCAUGGGAGGUUCUAGAUGUCGUUGGGGAUGAACCGGAUGACCCUUCUUAUGUUAUUCACAUCCCUGGUCACUUACACACUUACCCCGUUUUCUACGCCUCCGAGCUUGCACCUUUCAAGGAAACAGAUCAGUUUCCCUCUCGUCACUCAAUGCUGCCUCCAACCAUGGAUGGAGAGGUCGACAUCGACGACAUCGUCGACCACAAGGAAAUGUCAGUUCCAAGACUGACAAGCAGGGAACGUCCUCCGAAACCGAAACUGCAGUACCAAGUUCGGUUCAUACAUCAUACUGAUCCAAAGGAGGAUAGAUGGUUCACACGAGAGGAACUUAUGCAGACCGCUCCACAGGUUGUCGCUCAAUAUGAGAAGUCUCUGCAGAAAGGAAAGCGCCAGAUUAUCGAAGAUUGGACUUCUCAGAGGACUAGCGAAGUAUGGAGGCGGGAAUGUGAGGCAUAAGGCCUCGAUAAGCCCUAUUGGGCCCCUAUUUGCAACAGGUCGGCCGCCCUAAAUGAAGGCAGGCUCGACAG